AUGUCAGUUGUGAUGGCUCAUGAUGAUUUUAUUGAGAAUGGACAAUACAACAAUCAAUCCAGUUCAAUUCAAUCAGAUUCAGAGGAUGAUUAUAAUGUUUCUGUAGCAUGUAAAAAAUUUCCAUCCAUCAUAUUGGGAAGUUCUCCUCGAGUUGAAUUAUUUGAUGCCUCUGCAUGUUAUUCAGAUAUUACGAGCUUUUUAGCAGCUAAAAAUGGUGAGAACUUCCUUCUGACUUCAACUUGUGAAGAGUGGGUACAAGAUGGUCUGGAUGGAACUCUGUCUUCGCUGUACCCUGUCGUUCCAAGUGUAGGAAAUUCUUCAGUAAGUGAAGAAUAUUCUUAUAAUGCUGGUCCAUCUCUUCUGCCUACGAAUAUUGAGACUGGAAUAAUAUCUAGUAAUCCAGCUAUCGAUGGAGACUCUUCAGAAAAGGAGUUAAAAUCACAACAUAAUGCAGUAUCUGGCAGGUCAUUUCUUGACCAGUCCGUUGGUUGCAUACCUGGAUUAAGUAAGAGGCACCAGCGCCUGCUUGACAAUAGCGGCUUCCACACAUUGGGAAAAUUACUACAUCAUUUUCCUCGGACCUAUGCUGAUUUACGGAAUCCACAGGUUACUAUCGAUGAUGGACAAUACUUGAUCUUUAUUGGGAAAGUCUUGUCGUCAAGAGGAACUGAGGAAGAGUUAGGGUGGAUUCAUGCAAUGUAUAUUUCCUGCAGGGGAAUCAGAGCUAAUUACUCCUUUUCAUUUCUUGAGGUGGUUGUGGGCUGUGAACUAGAAAGAGAACCUAAUUCCGGUUGUGUGGUUGAUGAUACUACUGGGGGAAAGAAGAUCAUUUAUUUGCACUUGAAGAAAUUUUUUCGUGGUACUCGGUUUACUUUCCAGCCUUUUCUAAGAAGUCUCGAAGAGAAGCAUAAAGAAGGGGAGAUUGUUUGUGUAAGUGGUAAGGUAAGGACUAUGCAUUCUGAAGAUCACUAUGAGAUGAGAGAAUAUAACAUUGACAUUCUUCAAGACGAAAAGGAGGUGUCCUUUUGUGCAAAAGAGAGGCCAUAUCCUAUAUACCCUUCAAAAAGAGGAUUAAAUCCAACAUUUCUUAGAGAUAUUAUUGCCAGAGGCACAGAAAUAUUGCCAAUCAAUGUAGAUCCCAUUCCAGAAGAUAUCACUCAGGGCUUUGGGCUGUUACGUCUUCAUGAUCAGGCAUAUAAUGGGAUUCAUCAGCCAAAGAGUAUAAAGGAAGCUGAUUUGGCUCGCAAACGUUUUAUAUUUGAUGAGUUUUUUUACCUGCAGUUGGCGCGCUUGUUCCAAAUGCUUGAAGGUCUUGGUACAACAAUAGAGAAAGAUGGUUUGCUGGACAAGUAUCGUCAACCUAAUUUUAGUGCUGCAUAUACGAAGGAAUGGUCUUGUCUCACCCAAAAUUUUCUUAAGGCUCUUCCAUAUUCCCUUACAGAGAGUCAGAUGAAAGCUGUUGCAGAAAUUAUAUGGGAUUUGAAGCGACCAAUCCCUAUGAAUAGGCUCUUACAGGGUGACGUAGGAUGUGGGAAGACAGUGGUUGCUUUUCUGGCAUGUAUGGAAGUUAUAGGCAUUGGAUAUCAGGCAGCUUUCAUGGUUCCAACCGAGUUGCUUGCUAUUCAGCAUUAUGAGCAUUUGCUUGGUUUGUUAGAGAACAUGGAAGGGAUCGAGAAUAAACCUUCUGUUGCUUUACUGACAGGUUCUACCCCAUCAAAACAAUCACGGAUGAUUCGUCAGAGCCUCCAAACUGGAGAGACUUCUUUAGUUGUUGGAACUCACAGUUUAAUAUCAGAAAAAGUGGAGUUCUCUGCUUUGCGCAUUGCAGUUGUGGAUGAGCAGCAUCGUUUUGGUGUAGUUCAGAGAGGAAAGUUCAGCAGUAAGCUAUUCAACAACUCCUUAAGUUCGAAAAUUGCAGCUGAGAACUCCGAUGGAAACUCAAGUGGAGAUUUCUCUAUGGCCCCUCAUGUUCUUGCCAUGUCUGCCACUCCUAUUCCAAGGACACUUGCUCUUGCAUUAUAUGGGGAUAUGUCACUAACUCAAAUAACUGAUUUGCCUCCUGGACGAGUACCAGUCAAAACAUAUUCUAUUGUGGGAGACGAUGAAGGGUUUGAGAAGGUUUAUGAGAUGAUGCGGGAUGAGUUAGAAAUAGGAGGAAAGGUGUAUCUCGUGUAUCCAGUCAUUGAGCAAUCUGAACAGCUGCCUCAGCUUCGUGCUGCUUCAGAAGGUCUUGAAUCAAUUUCUUACAGAUUUCAUGACUAUAGCUGUGGGUUGUUGCACGGAAAAAUGAAGAGUGAUGAGAAAGAGGAAGCUUUGCGGAGAUUUAGGAACGGAGAUACACAGAUACUACUUGCUACCCAAGUGAUUGAGAUUGGAGUCGAUGUUCCUGAUGCAUCAAUGAUGGUUGUCAUGAAUGCUGAGAGAUUUGGUAUUGCUCAGCUACAUCAACUAAGAGGUCGAGUUGGACGUGGAACGAAGAAGUCUAGAUGCUUACUGGUGGCAUCUACGGCAAGCGCCCUAAGUCGGUUGAAGGUGUUGGAGAAUUCGUCGGAUGGUUUUCGCUUGGCGGAAUUUGAUCUUCUUUUACGUGGACCUGGUGAUCUGCUUGGUAAAAAACAGUCGGGGCAUCUUCCAGAGUUUCCAGUUGCAAGGUUGGAGAUAGAUGGGAAUAUUUUGGAACAAGCACAUCUUGCUGCUUUGAAAAUUUUAAGCCUGUCUCAUGAUUUGGAGAAGUUUCCUGCCCUCAAGAUGGAGCUGAGCAUGAGGCAGCCACUCUGUCUCCUGGGUGAUUAGAUUAGGUUUCAUUAAUUAGAUUAGCAUGAACCUUAGUUUUAAUUCUCUCUUCUUCUUGCAUUUGUACAGAUACUGUAUUAGCUGUUUGAAUAUGGGCAUGGUAAAUAUAUGCAAGUACCAUUUACAAUAGAUUGAACUAUGAGAUCAAUCAAUCUAAUGAUGUGAAAUGAAGAUAUUGUAGAGAAAUUAGCUUGA